GACAAGACGAGAAGUGUGAGAAAAGAGAGCGAAAACCAAAAGAAAGCGAAGAGAGAGAGGAAGAAACAAGAGAGACGACUGGUCUGGUUUGUCUCUCUUAAGCCCUCUUUUUCUCUCUACGUCUCUCUGUGUCUGUCUCUAAUCUCACCCAUGUUUACAGAUCACGGCGCCUCCAUCGACUUCUCUUCUCCUUUUCUAGUACAUCUCUAGGGUUUUCGUUCCUCACAUUUGUUUCUUAUUUUUUCUCUUUUUCUUUAUGGGUUCUCAUAAAAACGAAAAAGAAUUGAGACCUUUGUUGAUGUCGUCGUCGUCUUCUUCUGUUAAGAUCGGUUGCUUCAAUUCGGAUUGUGAAGCCAAACCGGAGCGGUCUCGGAAAGGAUGGCGCCUUCGGAAUGGACAGUUUGCAGAGCUCUGCGAUCGAUGCGCUUCUGCGUAUGAGGGGGGGAGAUUUUGUGAAACUUUUCACUUAGAUGCUGCUGGUUGGAGGAGCUGUGAAUCUUGUGGAAAGCGGGUGCACUGCGGAUGUAUUGUUUCGUUCCAUGCGGUUGCACUAUUGGAUGCUGGAGGAGUUGAGUGCUUGGCAUGUGCUAAUAAAAAUUUCAUCAGGGCACCGAACCCUGUGUGGCCCUCCCCUUUCUUUUUGCAUCUUCCUCUUCCUGAGAGGCUUAAAGAUCUCUCUGUUAAAAACUGGAAUCAAUUCGCUGGAUCUAGCGCAGUUGCUGCACAGUGGCGUCAUGCACCCAGUCUGUGGAAUACAGCUACGGCUCUGUCUGAAUUACAUCCAAGGAUGCCUUAUGAGAUCGACAGAUCAAAUGGGAUUGAUAAACUGGUUUGUGGUGAACGUCCAUCUGCCUCUGCCAUGGAGAAGUCAAGAAGUGAAGAUCCAUCUGAAAGAGUUGUAUCUAGCAGCCUGAAAUUUGUUCCACCUGAAAGGGUUGCAAAUGGAAAUGCAGGUAUUGAUACUGCAGCUACAUUAAGUACAUUCCAUAGGGAAGAAAUGGUUCUGGAUGACUUGCAACACUCAUGCUGUUUUCCAGGAGAUGACAUUCCGGUGGAGACGAAAAAAGGAGUGAUUGUUGAACCUGGUAAGAACACUCCUGCAGCAGGAAUAAACUAUGAGGCACAUCCAAGUGUAAAUAUGUCAGUGCAGUCUACUCCAAAGGAUGACAUGUCACCGUUACAUGUCGAUUUUAGUUUACCUCAUGGAUCACAUAAUGAGACAAAUGGUCCCAGCAAUGUUUCUGGACCUCAAUCACAACCACAAAUGCCUCCAUCUGCAAUUGCAAAGCCAUUGAUGGCUGGUCCACAUAAUGGGGUGGAAUCAUCUGUUGAAACUCUAGUACGUAAUGGAAGACCUCGUGGGGAUACUAGGGGAAGACAUCAGUUACUUCCACGAUACUGGCCAAGGAUAACUGAUCAAGAGUUGCAACAAAUCUCAGGAGAUUCAAACUCCGUCAUCACUCCUUUGUUUGAGAAGAUGUUAAGUGCCAGUGACGCUGGGCGAAUAGGGCGUUUGGUACUCCCAAAAAAAUGUGCAGAGGCUUAUUUCCCUGCAAUUUCACAGCCAGAAGGGUUACCUUUAAAAGUCCAGGAUGCAAGAGGUAAAGAGUGGGUAUUCCAGUUCCGUUUCUGGCCCAAUAAUAACAGCAGGAUGUAUGUUUUGGAGGGUGUUACGCCAUGUAUUCAGUCAAUGCAAUUGCAAGCAGGUGACACAGUAACAUUCAGCCGCAUUGAUCCAGAAGGAAAGCUGGUCAUGGGAUUCAGAAAGGCUUCAAAUAUUCCACCAUCUGACCAGGAGAUGCAGACACCCAAGUCUGGGAAUGGUGUCCCAAAAAAUGGAGAGGCUAAUUUGGCAGAUCCAAGUGUAUGGUCCAAAGUUGAUAAAUCAGGAUACAUAGCAAAAGAAAUAGCUGGAGCGAAGGCCUCCCUUCCAACCAAGAGGAAAAGCAGCACCCUUGGUUCAAAGAGUAAACGCCUACGCAUUGAAAAUGAGGACUUAAUAGAGCUCAAGGUUACAUGGGAGGAGGCUCAGGAGUUGCUUCGCCCACCUCCCGAUUUUGAUCCUAAUGUUGUGAUGAUUGAAGGCCAAGAAAUUGAGGAGUAUGUGGAAGCACCAAUAAUUGGGAAGCCUACAAUUUUCACAAUCAAUCAAUUGGGUUUGAAGAUUCAAUGGGUUCAGUGUGAAGACUGUUCUAAGUGGCGGAAACUGCCAUUCAAUGUGCUACCUCGGUCAAAGUGGACAUGUUCUAAGAAUUCAUGGGAUCCCAAAAGAUCUACAUGUUCAUCACCGCAAGAAUUAACUACAGAACAGCUUGAAGAUCUGUUGUCCUCUAAGAGCACUGCUGCUCCCAAGAAAACCAAGGCUACCAAACAGGUGACCGAGGCUGUUGAAGCUUCAGAGGGGCUCGACACACUUGCAAACCUUGCCAUUCUGGGAGAGGGGGAGGCCCUCCUUUCAUCGUCCCAAGCUACCACAAAGCACCCUCGCCAUCGGCCUGGCUGUUCAUGCAUUGUCUGCAUCCAGCCUCCGAGUGGGAAAGGCCCGAAGCACAAGCAGACUUGCACAUGUAAUGUGUGCCUCACUGUAAGGAGGCGUUUCCGCACACUCAUGCUGCGGCGUGAGAAACGACAAUCAGAGAAGGAAGCAGAAACUGCACGUAAGAAAGAGCAGCAGCUCCACCAGUCUCCGAAGGCAGAACCGGAGGAUGAUGAUCCACUACUGAGUAGUAACACAAGUAACAGCAGUUCAAACCCAAAACAACCGCUGGUGAAUGAGACUGUUGAUGAUGAGAACCUCAACAGUAAAAAGCCCUCCUCUUCACCUCUUAAAGGCCAGAUUGACCUAAACAUCCAGCCAGAGAGGGAGGAUGAGCCAUCACCAACAUCAGAUUCAUGUAGCAUGAGGUUGAUCAGAGAUGCCACUGAGAGGUAUCUCAGGGGACAGAGACAGUCAAGUUCUGGCAGUGACGGAGAUCCAAUCACUGAUCAAAUAGAACCCGGCAGAGGUGGAGUGGUGGAGGAGAGGCUUGAUGGUGUUCCUUGUGGUAGUGUUAAUCUUGAUGGUGACAUGGAGCAUCCAGUCACUUUAUCUAUGCCCAUGUCAACAUCAACAUCAACAUCAGCAACGGGCUAGAUCCUUAAGCACUGACAUGUGCCAUGUAACAUUUCAGCGGUUGGGGACAGCUUUGUUGAUCACAUUCACAUCGUACGCCAACAAACUCUGCCUUGACCACAAAAGCAAAUGGCAUUACCUUGUACAUAAAAGAAAAGAGGUAAGAGUUAGAUAACAUGGUCAACACAAAUCGAUGUGUUGUGAUUCUCUUGUUCUUGGAUUGCAAAGAGUGUAGGCAUUGGGGAUAGAGUAGCUCUCUUUUUAUUUCAAGUGUGAUUUUCUCACUGCGCUCAGGACAAAUUUGCAAAUCUCUUGGUGUGCUUUUCUCACUGCGCUCAGGACAAAUUUGCAGAUCUCUUGGUGCCUAUCCUUUUUGUUGUAGUUAUUUUUAGGUUAGGGUUUGGGGGGAGACGAUUUGAAGGUCUUAGUACUUUCAACAUUUCUGGUAUGUUCUCUAGUUGGUGGUGGUUGCGUUGUGUAACUUGAUCAGCUUUCAUCUCCUGUGCUACUGGGGCUCAUUGGGUUUAUCAGUGAUUAUCAUAAUAUAGAUUUUUUUAACCUC